UGGCUUGGUGUUUUUUUUUUAAAGGACGGACUGACGACAGUUACCAAAUAAGGACAACUCUUGUGUGAGUUUAGGAUUCUGCAGCAAUCUGUGGACACAAUACUGUAACGCGAGAACCCAACUGCGGGUUUUGCGUGACGAAAACCGCAUACUAUGGCGGCAUUCUACAUACAUUAUUAACUUGAGUAUGCCUCAGGGUAUAUGCUAUUUGGCUGAACAGAUUCACAAGAUCAGUGUUCUCUCUGCCGGCUGGCGGGACAUCGACGAUGAUAAAAGGGCGGCUAUGCGGAAGCAGCGACCAAACGAGAAAAACCUAAAAGGUGACUCUGCUUGCUCAGCGUGACAGCUGCGGUGCUUUCAAGCUUUUUGUUGAAUUCAUUCAAUCGUUUGAGGAAUUAAAUGAACCGCAGUCCCUUUCGCCAGCCCGGUCGAGACUAGCUUGGCGAAGGCUCGGCUGUUUAGUGGGCGUGCUGGUGGUUCACUCGGCUAAGCUAACGUGAGCGCCCCGCCAGGAUUGCGUGUAAACCGGCAGCGCAGACAGGUCAAUUUGUGGAAGAUGGAGAGUUCCGGUAGCAGCAAGCCGGUCAUGGUGACGUCGUCCCUCAACUUCAAAGUCACCACGCCGUCUUUCUACAACCAGCCAAAGAAGUUUGCCUCGGUGGCCCCGCCCCGGCCCAAGAGCCUGACGCCGCCCUCCGCGCCGUCGCCAACGCCGAUGCCUGUGGGCACGGGCGUGAUUGGACGUGUCGGAGAUCUGCCGCCGCCGCCGCCCUCGCUCUGUGAUGAUUUCCCACCCCCUCCUCCUCCCCCUCCUCCGAUGGAUGACGACUUGCCGGCCCCUCCCCCCGAAUGCCAGAUCACACCUCUCGUCUCGGACGCCCCCCCGCCGGCCUUCCCGGCGCCGCCCCCCGUAGCAGAUGACCUUCCCCCGCCGGCCGCCCCUGACGAGAGCGCCCGUCUGGCAAGCCUGCCCACUCCUCCUCCUCCUCCCCCGCCACCUCCACCCGCCGGCACCGUUGGGCACCCGCAGAGAACUAUGACCAAGCAAACAAGCCUCGAUAAGCAGAUCGACUCCCUUACAAACAUGCUUUCAGAAAUGGAGUCGCGGGGGCCCUUCAACCCAAAGUUGCCAAACCAAUCCUCCACUGCACCGUCACUCAAGCCGGCCGGGCCCCCGCCAACGGCCCCCAAGCCGGCCCUCUCUUUCCUCCCCCCUCCCGAGAUGGGAGACCGUCCGCCUCCUGCGCCCUGGGCAGAGGAACUAAAAGCCCGCACCAACCGACAGGGCAACCACAAUUCAGCCCCACCACAGGUGGCCAAGUCCCCAUUUGGAGCAAGAAUAACCACCUCGUCUUCAUCGCUGGCGAAAAAACUCAACCAGAACCUGAACCAGUCUCCCUAUUCGGGCGGCGGUCCGCCGAAAACGUCCCCCGCAACGGGCGCCGGCAUUUUCCCCCCAGUUCCAGUCUCUCCGCCUGCACCCGUUGCUCCUCCAAACAAUAUGGCCGCCAAUCACGUGAAGAGUCCUCAGUACGUGGGUCAGAACCAAAACCCGCCCGCCGCCGUGCCUCCUCCCCAAACUAAGACCGCGGCUUCGCCUCCACCCUCCUCCUUCAAUCAGCCAAUGAAAUCUCCCCCAGCAGCAUCGCCCUCACCCCCUGGUCCGGCAUCCACCUCAGGAGGCGGCAUAGCGCUCAACAUGAAGGAAGUGGAGGAGCUGGAGCGAAUGACCAAGGACUUCAUUAAAAACAUGGACGCUCACCCACCCGUCGGCCCCGCCCCUCUCACCGACGUUUGCGGCAAGUGCGGCGAGGCGCUGUCCCGCACGCAGCCGGCCGUGCGAGCCAUGGAGAAACUUUUCCACUCCAACUGCUUCUGUUGCGUUACGUGUCGUCGCCCCCUUCAGGGCAUGCAGUUCUACGACAAGGAUGGCGCCCCCGAGUGCGAGGAAUGCUACAUGAAUUCCCUGGCGGUGUGCUCCCGAUGCGGGGAGAGAAUCACGGACCGCGUGCUGAAGGCCGUCGGUCAGUGUUUCCAUUCGCACUGUUUCCGCUGCAGCACCUGCUCCUGCAUCCUGGAGGGGGCGCCCUUCAUCACCGACGACAACAACAACCCCUACUGUGUCCAGGAUUACCACAGGCGCUUCUCCCCGCUGUGCGUGAGCUGCAACGAGCCCAUUAUUCCAGCGCCGGGCAGCGAGGAGACGGUCAGAGUCGUCGCGCUUGACAAGAACUUCCAUCUCAAGUGUUACCGCUGCGAAGACUGCGCUCGCCCUCUCUCCAUAGAAGCGGAUGAGAACGGCUGCUACCCGCUGGAUGGUCGCAUCUUGUGUAUGAAGUGCCACGCCAAGCGAGCCAAUUAGACGGCGCAGUGAACCUGUAGCCCCGCCCCACCGCUCCCCACCUCAACCAUUCCCCCCUCCCUGCCCCUUUUCCGCUUAAAUCUGAACCAAAUCCAAAAGCGCCGGGUUCCUUUCAGCGCUCAGCCUUUGCGACACAGGGCUUUAGUCAGUGUUCCGUGUGAAUGUCCCACGUGAAACCAGGAUGCGUUUUUUUUUUUGCAUGCUGUGUCGCGUCCUCCCGUCUUGGUUCGAUCCACUUUAGUGCAGAGGUAAUGUACUGCACCGCCGCUGAUCUCUUAACGUCAAUUUUUUUUUUUUUUUAGCCUUCUCGUUGCCAUAUGUUGAUGCUACAAAAUGCUCCGCGUUAUCUUGCACAGACUGCUUGGAUCAAGAGAGCAGUCCCGUCCCGUUGGGAUCGCUCCAUCUGCUGCUGCUGCUGCUGCUCUCGUGGCCUAUAAGGAUGAACGCGUCCGGUCGAUUCUCUCAGCAGGCGCCUCCUGUUUAUUCGUUGCCACUUGAGUUUGGGCUGCCGGCUGGGGACCUCCGCAAAUGCGGGCCCCUCCUCAAUAACACUUAAUUCACAAACCAGUUCAGAGCCGAGUUCAUUUCUUUGGACGCGCGCUGUGAGCCGAGUAAAGCUUUGAGCGGCGCAGAAUCCCGUUCCGGGGAUCUCAUCUUGUAGCUCAAAGUGUCACCAGCAUGCCUCCAAACAGGAACCUGUUACGUGAUUAUUGCUGAAAUUUGUAUUGAUCGUUAAGCACACAAUUGUAGGCGCCGUCUUUCUGUUGCAUCGCAUGAGAGAACCUCUUUGCUUUAACUAAUAUUAUAAUAUAUGGACCUUUUUUGAUUUUAUUAUUAUUAUUUUUUUAUUCCUACUUAAGUCUGAUGUCCUAUCAUUUAGGAACCAGCUUUAAAACUUUUAAGGUAACACAUUUGAGCAUAGUGACCAAAUAUUUAGGCGCUGUUUUAUGGAAGCUUUUUUUGAAAUUUUUUGAUAGCACAUACGCAUUUUGAGCCCCGUAUUCGAUCUCCUCUUAAGGUUACAUCCAUUAUUCACCGUUUCUGCUUCUGUAUUUUAUUUUAUUUUUUAUCGUACUGUAUUUCUUGACAAAGUGUAUGUCCUCACUCCUAGCUCGGCGUUUGUGCCUUCGUCACAAUGGAUGCCGGGUAACAACCAUCGACGUUCAUUCCUCACCGAAUGCGGUGCGGGAAAACAUGACAAGUUAAGUGACUCCGCGUUGCAUGCUCGCUGCGUACUGUAGGUGCCGCUAUUCCUCAAGUAUUAUUAGAUGGGCUUCUGCAGCGACAGUUUUGAAAUGCCUUUGCGUGCUCGCGCCUAUGUUUAUCCUCUGUGAUGUUGCCUUGUCCUUUUUGUAUCCCCUUUUUUUACACAAGCAACUGUUUGAUAUGUAUGGAUUUAUCUGUCAAAGAAACAUUUACCCUCCGCCCCCCGUUCAAAAGAAUAAAUGAAUAAAAUGUU